GAACCAAAGGAACCAGUCUUCAGGAUGGUGCUGGUUGGGAGAACUGGAGCUGGGAAGAGUGCAGCAGGAAACACCAUCUUAGGAAGAGAAGCCUUUGAAGACUCACUGGGUUUGUCCUCAGUGACGACAAUAUGUCAGAAGGAAAGGGCAGAGUUUGAAGGUAAACGUCUGGCUGUGGUCGAUACUCCAGGUCUGUUUGGCAAAACUGAGGAGGAGGUGAAGAAAGAACUCAUUCGGUGCAUCUUCUUCUCUGCUCCUGGUCCUCAUGUGUUCCUGGUGGUGAUCGAACCAAAAAGAUUCACCAAAGAAGAAGAACAAACUACUAAAAUCAUCCAGACGGUGUUUGGAGAAAAGUCAACAGAGUACAUGAUGGUCCUGUUCACCCACGGAGACCAGCUGGAGCGUAAGAAAGUCUCUACAGAAACAGUAAUCAGCGGAAACAAACAUGUCCGUGACUUCAUCAGUCAGUGUGGUGGAGGAUAUCAUGUCUUCAACAACGAGACGAAGGAUCCCUCUCAGGUCAAAGAGCUGCUGGAGAAGAUCAACACAAUGGUCCAGACAAAUGGAGGAAAGUGCUGCACCAACAAGAUGUUAGAGAGGGCUGAGAGAGAGAUUCAAGAAGAGAUGGACAGACUCCUGAGAGAAAAUCCAGAUUUGAGGUCUGAAGAAGCAAGAAGACAGGCUGAAGGAAGCAACAAAUUCAUCAAGGAUGUUGGAAAAAUUGUUCUUCAGGCGGCUGGAAUGGCUGCAGCAUGUAAGAAGAUUGGAUCUAAAAUAGGUCCAAAGGGAGAAAGAGUGGGAUUUGUGGUGGGAGGACUGGUGGGAGGACUGGUGGGAGUAGUACAGUCAUUAGUAGAUAAUAAUGUUUGUGUCAUCCAGUGAUGAUCAACAUUUAUCUGAUCUCACUGCAUUUUGUUCUUCUCUCACUAUAAUCAUCGUCUUUCUGACAGGCUGCUGUUAGCUAGAAAUUCUGUAGAUCUUCAAUCAUCCUGAUUUAUCCAAACACCUGCAUAUUAUCUGGACCAGUCCCUUCACUCUGCACCUGGUCUGUGAGGAAAUCUCACAGUCAAACCAUUCUGGACACUAAAUGACAGUUCAAAAUCUGUCUUUAAAGAAUCCAAAACCUGGAUAUUCAUGCAAAAAAGACAUUUUAAACAUCAAAUUCUUCAAAAUCUCCAUAUAAGGACACCAGUGUUUCAAAAAUAUAAAUAUUAGUGAAUUAAUGAGUCAAAAUCUGGAUAUGAAGACACCAAAGAUACCAAACUGGAUGUUAAAGCUUCACAGUCAUUGAAAAUCUCCAUAUCAGGACUCCAAAGAGUCAAAAUGUAGACAUGAAGACAUCAAACUCUUCUAAACCUGGUUAUCAGGACAGCAGCCUGUGGGAAAUGUUUUUAUUAUGAAUGCACUAAAUGAUCUAAAAUCUGGAUUUAUAGCUCUAAACAAUGAGCUGAGUUCAGUAAAACCUCUGUCUUUUCAUUGAAUGUCUUCUGUUUCUGUUUAAAUAAUCAUCGAUUGACUGAUUAUUGAU